CCCUGGGUGGGGCAACCGUGGGGCUCGAGUGGGCUGCUGGGGGGUGAUGCUCAUCUCCCUCCCCAGGUGCACCAUGGUGGAGGUGACGGUGACACCGCAGUCCUCGCUGGCUGACCGGCCGGUGAAGGUGCAGGUGCGGGGGCUGUCCCCCUCCCAGCCGGUCACCCUGAGGGCAUUGCUGACGGACGAGCAUGGCGAGCGCUUCCAGGCCCGUGCCUUCUUCCGCGCCGACGAGGCGGGCGAGGUGGACCCGGAGCGCCACGCCGCCCUGGGUGGCAGCUACGCUGGUGUCUGGCCCAUGGGGCUCUUCUGGUUCCUGCAGCCCGACACCCUCUUCCGACGCCUGGUCAAGCGGGACGUGGCCGGCAGCCCCUUCCUCGUCCUCCUGGAGGUCUUCGAUGGCUUCCAGGUGGUCACACGACCCCAAGACCAUGGCCUCAUCGAGUCCCGUGCGGGGCUGCUGGCCAGCCGGGGCUUUGCCGUGCUGGCGCUGGCCUUCUUCGCCUACGAUGACCUGCCCCGCACCCUGACCCAGCUCGACCUGGAGUAUUUCGAGGAGGCGGCCGAGCUGCUCCUCCGGCACCCCAAGGUGCGAGGCCCUGGCCUGGGCGUUGUUGGUGUCUCCAAAGGAGCAGAGGUGGCCCUGGCCAUGGCCACCUUCCUCCCGCAGGUGGUGGCCACGGUGUGGAUCAACGGCACAGCCUUCCUCCACGGCAACCCGCUGCUCUACAAGGACCUCCGCAUCCCCCCCAUCCCCUACUACACUGAGCGCGUGACCUUCACGGAGGUGGGAGCUUUGGACAACUCAUCCGUCUUCGCUGACCCCCGAGCCCCCGCAUACAGCGCCUCGGCCAUCCCAGCCGAGAAGGUCCGGGGGAAGGUCCUCUUUGUGGUGGGGGAGGACGAUCGCAGCUUCAACAGCAAGCUCUUCGCCGAGCUGGCCAUGGCACGGAUGCCGCCGGAGAGCUGCCGCCUCCUCUCCUACCCCGGGGCCGGGCACUUGAUCGAGCCCCCCGGCUCACCCCUCUGCAGCACCUCCAGCAUCCGGGGCAGCCCCCGGCCCGUGGCGUGGGGGGGUGAAGCCCAUGCCCAUGCCAAGGCCCAGGAGCACUCAUGGCAGGAGAUCAUCCAGUUCUUGGAGCUCCACCUGGGCUCUGCCGCCACCAUGAAGUUGUGA